AUGCGCUCCAAUCGACGACCUUACCAAGGGCCUAGAACGCAGUUAGUCGUCUCAAUAGACAUCGGCACUACAUUUUCAGCAGCUUCAGUCUGUAUCCUUCAACCGGGAACACCUCCAGUGUUCGAAGAGAUCCUACGCUGGCCCAAGCAGGCCAAUCCAGACGCCAAAGUCCCAUCAUUGGUCUACUACGAUAGUUCAGGGAAACCACGUUGUUUCGGUGCCGAGACCGACAGUCCCGAUACGAAGGCUGAAGCAGAUGAAGAGGGCUGGAUAAAAGCUGAAUGGUGGAAACUCUACCUCCGGCCUGACUACCUCCCAAAGAUUGACGGAAUUGAGAUUGAGAUUCCCGAGUUACCGCCGUCUCGAACGGUUGACGAUAUUUUUGCUGAUUUCCUCGAGUAUGUAAAAGGCCAGCUGCAGGUGCAUGUCACCAGCUCGCAUGGGAACGGGGAAUCGCUUUGGAAUUCAUUGUACCGCAACAUGGACGUGGUGUUAACGACGCCUAAUGGGUGGGAAGGCAGGCACCAACACCGGAUGCGUGAAGCGGCUAUCGCGGCUGGCCUUGUCAUCAGGGGAACUCAAGUAAAAUUCGUGACAGAGGCGGAGGCCGCCGUAAUUUAUACGGCUGAAAGCGGGAAGAUCAACGACUGGCUAGUGGAGGAUGAACACUUGAUUGUCUGCGACUGCGGAGGUGGUACCGUGGAUAUCACAGGCUACAGAAUCCAAAACGUCUCCCCCCUUCGACUUGAAGAAAUGUCGUAUCCUCGCUGUUACCUUGCCGGUGGUGUUUUUGUAAAUCAAGCCGCGAAGAUAUACUUAAUGGAGAGGUUGUCCGGAAGUGACUGGGAUGAUGAAACAACCAUUGAACAUGCGAUGCAAAGUUUUGAGCGAAAUGCAAAACGAUCUUUUGAUGGUAAAAAUACUUUCAUGACGGUGGAGCUCGGUGGCAGUAAGGGCGAUAUCAAACGUGGGAUCGUUCGCGGCAGGUUGAAGAUUCAAAAGGCUGACAUGAUCUCAUUUUUUGAACCGUCAAUUCAAGCGAUUAUCGAAGGACUGCAGGAGACACUCCAUGAAGGUGGCGACGUUGCAAAUAAAAUUAUCAUUGGGGGCGGCCUAUCAAACUCACCGCAUGUUUUUUCACAACUCCAAAAGUGGGCCUCUGACCUCGGUCUUAAACUGAGUAGGCCCGGCGGACCAAUAGAGAAGGCCGUCACUAGUGGUGCCCUCUCAUGGUAUCUCGAUGCGAGUGUCUCUUCCAGAGUCGCGAAAUUCCAUUACGGGACAAAUGUUGCUGUUCCGUUUGAUAGAAACGACCCAGAAGUUGCUUGUCGGGAAUCAGAGAAAUAUCAAGAUGUCCUUGGAGAAUGGAAGAUAGAUGGUGCAUGGUCUGAAAUCGUGGAGAAGAACGAAAAAAUAAAGACAGGGAAGGAAUACUCUGCCUGGUUCCACCGACCUUUCACUGAUGCAGAUGAGCUGACUGUAUCGAUGGAUCUCUAUGCCUACCGAUGGUCACGUCCCCCACGCUUCAUCAAAGAUCCAGGAUGCAACAUGGAGAAAGAUGGAUUUCUCCAUCUUUGCACAGUCGAAGCCGAUCUCACGAGUUGCUACACAGCAGCUCCCUAUUCAACGGCACGAAACAAGAAAGGACAAAGGAUUAAAUAUUUACAGGCAAGGACAUUGAAAGGAGUGGAGAGUGUUCCCCAUUAUUAA